CCAUGUAAUCAAUAAGUUUCCCGUACUAUCGUUCACAGUAUUUGCAAGUAGGUCUCAUUUUAAAAUUUAAUUCCUUUUGAACAACAUCAUUAUGGGUAACGCACAAGCUCCAUCCAAAUUACCACCGAUGCCACGUAAUAUGACACCAAGUCCGCACUCCACGGCACCGCAAAAGCUGCAUCCCAAAAAUCACAUAGAAAACCCCGGAUCGGUUGAAGAACUGCACAUGGAAUUCAAAGGAAUGUAUCCUUUGAUCUUAGAAGGCAUCCGACUUAACGUUCUUACAGGGCUGAGCAAUCAUUUGUCUGUUAACCACAGUCUACUCAUAGGAACAACCAGUCCAAGAUUAAACUACAAAUUUGGAUCUACAUUUGUUGCUUGCAAUCGGCUUGAGCAUGGAGAUUUCAAUCCUCUUUUCUUAGAUGCUGACAUUGAUCCCCAUGGAAAUAUUACUACAAAUGUUCAUGUACAACCCUGGAAUAAUCUACAAUUCAAAAUUAACGCUUGGUUUCAAGAGUUCAAAACAGAUAUAUGUCAAACAAGUGUUGAAUAUAAAGCAGACAGAUAUACAGCUUCCCUGUUAUUAGUUGAUCUUGAUUUAUUCAAUUUUACGGGAAUCUAUAUAUCACAGUGUUUAUAUGCUUUGAAUAACAAAACAUCAGUAGGUGUUGAAGUCACUCACCAUCGUUGUCUAUCACUUCCAUAUGGGCAUUUAACAUUAUUUGAUUUCUUUGGAAGAUACAAAUAUAAUGAUGCUACCACAAUCAGUACUAAAUUCAACUAUUUGGAGUUGCAAUGCUACUUUCAUUUCAAAGCUAGUGAGCAGCAUCAGUUUGGUUUAGAUCUUGGAGGUAGUCUUUACCACCAAGAAUUCAAUGCAACUUUUGCAUAUCAAGCAAAAAUUCCUACGUCAGAUAUCGUCAUAAAAAGUAGUAUAGAUAGAAAGUGGAAUGUAAAAACGUCACUGGAAAAAAGUUUACACCCACUUACAUUUGCAUUUAAUAUUAUGUUUUUUCCUGCCCAACGUCAAUUAAUGAUGGGAGCUGGAUUAACAAUCUGUUAAUUUAUACAACAUUACAUUUUGGACCUUUUUUUCAUUCCUAUUUUUUAUAUGAUUUAAUAUACAGUAAUCCCUCGUUAUCCGUGUUUUUUUUAUCCGCGGUUUCGAUUAUCUGCGGUUGGGUCAACGAUAACAAAUUAUUAAUGCGAUUGCAAUUGCGAUAAUGUUUUACCGUUAUUACACGAACACUGUAGAAAUUUGUUUUUGACAAUUGUAGAUAAUUGUUGUUAUAUCGCUAUAAUAGGCAGUGGCGGCUCGUGGUAUGGUGCACAGGAGCACGUGAACCACCCAAAAAAAUGAAAAACAAUUAUAAAAAGAACCUAUUUUGAUUGUGUCACAACGUCGCGUCGUUUGUCAAAACGAUAACACUGUACAUUAUCCAUUACAUUAUUUUGGUAUGCACCUAUAACAAAAUUAUUAUUUUUACCAUCUUACAUAGGUAUCUUAUAUAUUUCUUGUGCACCACCUUAGGUGAACCUCACGAGCCGCCACUGGCUAUAGGUUUAACACAUAUACAUUAUACAUACAUAUAUGUACUUAUGGGUCUAUGAUAACUACUGGUCUCGUUAUCCGCGCAGGUUUGCUGGAACGUAACCUUUGCGGAUAACGAGGGAUUACUGUAUUGUAUUAUUAUUGAUUAAAUUAAAUAAUAAUUUAUACUCCUAAAAUAUAGAAUUAUUCUAAAAUAAUAUCUGCUAGAUGUAUACAAAAUAACAACUUUUUCAUGCCAUAAAUGGUGUUGUCAGAAGUUAACAAACCAAAAAUAAACACAAAAUAUAGCAUAUAAAUAGAAUUCAAGUAUAAUACUUUAAAUGCUUGAAAAAAAGAGACAAAAAUGUUAUGCAACUAUGAAAAUUUUUAGAAAAAAUAAUCAUAUAUUUAUAAGAAAAUAGAAAAUAUGAUAUUACUUACUCUAUUGACUGAAAUAAACACUCCAUUUUGAAUUUGAUGAUCAUAUUAAUAUUAAAAUAAUAAACAAUUCAAAUAAAUUUCAAAUUGC